AUGGAUUUAGCAGGAUCCGAGACCCAAAUGACCCCUACCCAAGUCUCGGACGAGGAGGAGACCCUCUUUGCCAUGCAGCUGGCAACCGCCUCCGUUCUCCCUAGGGUCCUCAAGGCCACCAUCGAGCUCGACCUCCUCGAGAUCAUGGCCAGGGCCGGGCCAGGCGCCUACCUCACCCCUGGGGAAGUCUCGUCGCAGCUCCCAACCCAGAACCCCGAUGCCCCGGUCAUGCUCGACCGAAUAUUUCGGCUGCUGGCCAGCUAUUCUAUGCUCACGUGCACCCUCCGUGACCUCCCCGAGGGUAAGGUUGAGCGGCUUUACGGUUUAGCUCCGGUGUGCAAGUUCCUGGUCAAGAACGAGGAUGGGGUCUCCCUUGCCCCACUCAACUUGCUCGACCAUGACAAACACGUCGUGGAAAGCUGGUACUACUUGAAAGAUGCGAUUCUUGAAGGCGGAAUCCCGUUCAACAAGGCACACGGCAUGACCCCAUUUGACUAUCUAGGUACCGACCCGCGAUUUAACAAGAUCUUCAACUGGGCAAUGUCUGAUAUUUCCACCAUUACGAUGAAGAAGAUAGUGGAAACGUACGACGGCUUCGAGGGCCUCAAGACGGUGGUCGAUGUCGGAGGCGGCACUGGGGCCGUGCUCAACAUGAUCAUAGCUAAAUACCCGUCGAUCAAAGGCAUCAACUUCGACUUGCCUCAUGUGAUUAAAGAUGCUCCGUCCUAUCCCGGUGUAGAGCAUGUUGGAGGCAACAUGUUCGUCAGCGUUCCAAAAGGAGAUGCCAUUUUCCUGAAGUCGAUAUGCCAUAAUUGGAACAAUGAACAUUGCGCAAAGCUCCUCAAGAACUGUUAUGAUGCGCUUCCAAUAAAUGGGAGGGUGAUCAUUGCAGAAGACAUACUCCCCGUGUACCCGGACCCGAGCCUGGCGACCAAGGGAGUGAUCCACACGGAUUGCAUGAUGUUGGCCCACUGCCCCGGCGGGAAAGAAAGGACGGAGAAGGAGUUCGAGGCUUUGGCAAAAGGGGCGGGAUUUCAGGGCUUCCAAGUCAUGUGUCGCGCUUUCAACACUUACAUCAUGGAGUUCUUGAAGACAGCUUGA